AUGUCAGGAUUUUCUUUUGGAAAACCCGCAACUACCAGUUCCUUUUCAUUUGGCUCAUCACCUUUCGGAUCAUCGGCUGGGACAAAACCACUGUUUGGAGUUAGCACUACGACAACUUCUUUAUUUUCCCCAUCUGUGACCUCCAACCUCAGCAAUGCUGUGUCAACCUCUUCACUUUUUCAGAGCCCUUCAUCUAUGUCUUUAACCACCGCGUCGGGGUUCGGUACAGGAGUCAGUCAGUCUGCUGCAACUAGUCAGAGUGUUUUUAGUCUGCCAUCAUUUUCUAGUUUGGCAAAACCGUCUACGCCAGUAUCUGCUUUUGGUUUUUCGACCAACACCGGUUUUGCAUCAAACCCGAGUCUCACAUCAACCCAGCCUGCUUUCGGCCAACUAUCUGCAAACCCUGUAUCAACCAUUGCGAAGCCCGUUACCACGACCAGUAAUUUUGGAAGUCCAUUCUCUUUAGGAUCAGUGGCUUCUGUUAGUUCACAAAGUGUGACCACUGCUCCAUUCAGCUUCGGUACAUUUCCUACAAGUAAUCUAUCCACUAGUGCUUCUGCUGUUUCGGUGGCCAACACUUCUGUCAGCCAACCCGCAACUACAAGUCUUAGCUUUGGUUUUGGCACAUCCCUUAGUACUUUACCCGUAGCAGCAACUACAGCAACAACGACAACAACAACAGCAGGAGCAGCGAUAUCCACUCCCUUCAGCUUCGGGAAGUUCGAUCCAUCCGCAGUGGCUAAGUCAACUGCUCCCUCUGUAUUCGGAGUGUCUUCACAAGGAAUCUUAUCUGGGACACUAACUACAACUACCACAACGGCAGCAACUACAGCAACAACAACAUGCUCUGGUACAGCAACAGUGACUACUACUGUACCAUCUAUAGCCACUACAUCUGCUGCAUCGGUUAUAUCUCCUCCACAGACUCUUACUUACAACCAACUGGAAGAAUUAGUUAAUAAAUGGAAUCUUGAACUUGAAGAACAAGAACGUUAUUUUCUUGACGAAGCAGAUCCCAUGUAUGAAAAAGUAGAAACUUGUCAAUGUGAACAAAGUCGUUUAGAGCAGGAGUUGGAUUUCAUCGAGGGUCAACAGCGUGAGUUAGAAAGUCUACUUGAACCGUUGGAACGUGCAGUUAAUGAACUACCGCCUGGUCAACUACACUCAGACUAUGAACGAGAGGCAAUAUUUCAGUUAGCUACAAAUGUUGACCUGGAACUGGGUCAACUACUCACAGAUUUACGUGAAAUGGCUGAUCAAACGAAUACCACAGCUGCUGCUGCUACUGGUACAGUAACUGCUGUUACUGGUUUAAAUUCAUCUGUUACCAAUGGUGCUUCUAUAAACUCAUCGGAUGAUGGUAAACAGGAUAACAGUAUAAUGAAUAGUAAUCCGAAAAAAGUUUCAUCAUCGAAUAGUAGUGGAGAUAUUAUGAAUCAAGUCACACGUAUUCUUAAUUGUCAUAUGCAUUCACUGAAUUGGAUUCAUCAUAAUACGCAGGAGAUAAUGGAUCGUUUAAAAGUGUUGAAUGGUGUUUCAUAA